GCUGCCAUGGGGGCCCAACCUGAGGAGGUUCAGAAGCCUUGCUCGAGGGUCCAGACCCUGUUGAAGAGGGUCAAUGCCUUAUUCAUCAAAGCCCCGCACUCACCCUUCCUCCCACCCCCACCCCCACCCCUCCUCCGGAACCCAGGCUGUACACACGUGUAUGGGUACGUGUUUGGGCACGUGGGUGAAAAUGAUAUGGAGCACCUCCCAUCGCAGCAGGUACUGGACACGGGAGAGCAGCUGAUGGUCCCCGUGGAGGUCCUGGAGGUGGGUAAUGAGGGGGCCUUGUGGAAGUUUCUGCUCUCGGGAGCCAUGGCCGGGGCGGUGUCUCGUACCGGCACGGCCCCUCUGGACCGCGCCAAGGUGUACAUGCAGGUCUACUCCUCCAAGACGAACUUCAUGAACAUGCUGGGGGGGCUACGGAGCAUGGUCCAGGAGGGGGGUUUCCGCUCCCUAUGGCGGGGCAAUGGCAUCAAUGUACUCAAGAUUGCCCCCGAGUAUGCCAUCAAAUUCUCCGUCUUUGAACAGUGUAAGAAUUACUUCUGCGGAGUGCAUGAGUCCCCACCCUUUCAGGAACGUCUCCUUGCUGGCUCCCUGGCAGUGGCCACCUCCCAGACACUGAUCAACCCCAUGGAGGUGCUGAAGACACGGCUGACCCUGCGCCGGACAGGCCAGUACAAGGGGCUUCUGGACUGCGCCAGGCAGAUCCUGGAGCGGGAGGGCACCCGUGCCCUUUACCGCGGCUACCUGCCCAACAUGCUUGGCAUCAUCCCAUAUGCCUGCACUGACCUGGCCAUCUAUGAGAUGCUCAGGUGCUUCUGGCUGAAGUCAGGCAGGGACAUGGAGGACCCUAGUGGCCUGGUGAGUCUGUCAUCUGUGACGCUGUCCACCACCUGUGGCCAGAUGGCCAGUUACCCGCUGACUUUGGUGCGCACCAGGAUGCAGGCCCAAGACACCAUGGAGGGCUCGAACCCCACCAUGCGCGGAGUCUUCCGGCGGAUCCUGGCCCAGCAGGGCUGGCUGGGGCUGUACCGAGGCAUGACUCCCACAUUACUGAAGGUGUUGCCAGCAGGCGGCAUCAGCUACGUGGUGUAUGAAGCCAUGAAGAAGACCCUGGGGGUAUAGGCAGUGAACUAGGUGACACACCCUGGGGAGAAAUAGA